AUGGAUAUCACAACUUUUGUGAGCGAGCUGCCCAAAUGCGAGCUGCACCUUCAUAUAGAGGGCACGCUAACGGCUGAACGGCGCUGGUUAUGUGCACAAGCAAAUGGGAUUGAGAUUCCUGGGGUGAAGUCUUUAGAAGAGCUUAAAAGCCAAUAUUUAACCGAAUAUCUUUAUGAAGAGGGUCAAGAUGCCACCAAAUACUUGCAGGAGUUUUUGGAGGUAUACUAUGCCUCCAUGAAUGUCCUGCUCACAGAGGACGAUUUCUACCAUUUGGCUUUGGACUACAUCAAAGUUGCGCAAUCUCAGAAUAUCAGAUAUUUAGAGGCAUUUUUUGAUCCCCAGGCUCAUACUUCUCGCGGAGUUGAUUUUGAUACCGUGAUGAGUGGCCUUCUGAAAGCUCAAAGAAUGGCUCCAAUGUACGAUGUUCAAAUUCAUUGGAUAAUGUGCAUUUUGAGAGACAUGUCAGCUGAAAGUGCUCUUGAGACGAUCCGCCAGGCAGAACCUUACAAAGAUAAAAUAAUAGCUCUGGGUCUGGAUUCCGAUGAGUACAACAAUCCGCCAGGUAAAUUUCAGGAAACAUUCUUGAUGGCACGCAAAUAUGCGUGGAAGAUUACUGCCCAUUGCGACGUUGGUCAAAAAAAUUCACAUGAUCAUAUCGAGUACGUAGUGACUGAGCUGGGAGGGAAAAGAGGCAAGCCAGCUACACAUGAAAUUGUGAACCCAGAGCAUUAUUUACUUCCCCAACUUGAGAGUGGCGCAGAUAGAAUAGACCAUGGGUUGAAUGCUGCUGACAAGUCCGAAUUGUUGGAGCUGGUGAAAAAAGCCAAUAUAGGACUCACACUAUGUCCUAUGGGCUACCAAAAACAUUUGGGACCACAAAAUGUAUUCCCAAAAGUUAUCAAACUCCAUCGCUAUGGAAUUCCGAUCACAUUGAAUAGUGAUGACCCCGCAUAUCUUGUUUACUCAAAGACGGGAACAAUUUUAGGUGUUGCAGAAGGGUGCCAUUUCACAUUCAAAGAUAUCUACGACUUUGAAAAAAAUGCUAUAAAAAUGGCUUGGACGCCUGACGUCGACUUCAAACGCAACUUCCUUCUCGAACUAGAUCGCGUAUAUUCAAAGUAUUGUACGCAUAACUAA